AUGAACACAGAACCUCUUUGGCUUCAGAAAGUAAAGCAACUUCUUAAGAAAAGUUAUUCACUUGAUUUAUCUGGAGAAAAUAUCACAGACAUCAAGCUUUUCCCACGAACAACAGCUUUGAAGCAUCUAAAUUUGUCAUACACUCAGCUUAAAUCACUCCAGGGUUUGAAAUUACAAAAGGCGCUCCAAACUCUUUCAAUUGAAGGUUCUUCUAUUUCUAGCUUUGCUGGAUUUUCAGUUGUUCGCUCAAUAUCGAACAUUACACUUAAAAGAUCACUCGUCGAAAAAAUUCCAAAUUACCAAACUAGCCUCUUAAUUGUUUGCCCCAAUUUACAUACAAUAGAUGGAAAAGUUGUUAGAUCUUCAACAAAAAUUAUUGCACAGAAGCUUGCCGAGAAUCCAUUAAUUCCGAAACUUGUCAACCUUGGUUGGAUUGCAACAUACCCAAUAGAGGAUGAAGAAGUUGAAGAAUUGGCCAGACAAUUCGGAAUUUUGGAUGAACAUUUGACCGCCACACAUUUUCAAGGCGACCAUCAAGGCGAUCAAUUUGAAGAUGAGCUUCGCCGCAUUGACGAGGAACAUAACAGAAUCGUUGAAGAAGCAAAGAAAUCUUGCGGUUUUGCAACUACAGACGCUGAAGGAAUGGAGUUUCAAGAGGAAGAGUUCCAAGACGAAACUCAAGUCGAAGCAUCCGGUUCCGCUGAUAUCCAACACAUUGACGUUCCAAAUUACACAUUAUUGGACAGAGUCGCAACAAUAUUAGCAUUUGCCGGCCAUCAGAUCGAUCCGAAAAAUUUACAAGAGUCAGUACUUCGUAUCAUCGAAAAUCUUUGCGAACAACAAUACCAAAAACUCAGUACAUUUGCUGAUGACGACGCAGAGGUCCAAUUAGAGGAAGAAGACUUCGCUGCGGAGGAACAGAUAAAUGAAGAAGACGCACAGGAAGUAGAAGAAGAGAGUUCUGAGCCUCUUCAAGAAGAUGAAUUAGCUUUACACGAAGAAGACGAGGAAGAAGAAGAAGCAAAACCUGCUGCUGUUGCUGAAGAGGAAGAAGAACAGAAGAAGGAAGAUGAAGUUCCUCAAGAAGAAGAAAAAAUUGAAACCCAAGAAAAGGAAACAAAGCAAGAAGAGGAAGAAACAAAGCCAGAAGAGAACAACGAACAACAUAAAGAGGAAGAAAACCCUGUAAAUGAAGAGGAAGAAGAUGAUGACAAUUUUGAUGUCAAACAAUUACUUGAAAAAUUAGGACAAGAUGUCGAAGAAGAAGAUGAAGAGGAAAAUGCGAAUGAUGAAGAAGGAUUACCUGCCAUUGACGAAAAUUAG